GCUCUAUAUAGACCAUCGUAGAGGCCUUCUGUUUAGCCACUUCCAUCCAUUGCCCUGUUUCCCCAUUUGUUCCAGUUUCAGGCUGGUUAAGGCUAGCUAGCUAGACACUGAUCGGUAGGUUGCCAAGCAGAGAGGAGAUCAUGGGAUCGCAGAUGGGGAAGAAGAAGAGCGGUCGCGGCCAUGGCGGCGGGGAGACGCGCGGCGAGCCGGAGGUGGCGAGGGAGUUCGUGCUGAAGGUCGCCAUGCACUGCCUCUGCCGCGGCUGCAGGGACAAGGUGCGCGCCGCGGUGCGUGCCCUGACGAUGGCGCAAGGCGUGGUGGCGGCGGACAGCUCGGCGGCCGAGAGCAGCGGCGAGGUGCGCCUGCUCGCCACGGCCGACCCCGAGCGGCUCCGGCGCCGCCUCCGCAAGGCCACCGGCAAGAAGGUCGAUCUGCUGCUGCCGGCAGCCUGCAAGGAGCCUGGCGCCGGCGCCGGAAAGAAGGUGAACCCGCUCGACGACGCCGCGAUCCAGGCCCUGCUCGCCGACUUGCAGCUGCAGCAGGCGCCGGCCCGCCAGCAGUACGGCGGUGGACACGGAGCGGCCUCGGCGUGGGCCGCGAACCACCACCAGCAGCAGCAGCUGAUGGGGCUCGGUCUCGGCGGCGCCGGGGCCUACGGGGCGGCGUACCCGUGGGCGUCGCCGUCCUCGUCCUACCCGGCCGCGCCGGCUGCUUCUUGGCCGGGAGCGUACGCGUAUGCUGCUCCUCCGGCUCCCGCGCCGGCUCACGGCCUCGGCUACUACAGCGGCGUAGGCGCUCCGGCGUGGCCCGGCUACUGAUCACCUUCCCAACCAAGACGACGACGGCAUUGGCAUGGCCGGGCUGCAUCAGCGAUCUACGUACCGUAUAUUAGUAGCAGUAGUAGUAGUUUGAUUGGCGCUCUUUCGUGUGUUUGUUAAGCUGAUUAGCACUAAGAUUUGCCAGUAAGUAAACUAGCCAAUGCCUUGUCGAUCGGACGGUGAUGUGAUGUACUGCUAUUGCUGCUAAUCUAUAUAUACCCUUUUGGCAA